AGGAGUGUGUCGCCAUCUUUGAGCGUGGACUGGUGACUGGACGGGAUGAUCUGGCCGCCACAUUAACUUGGAGUGCGCGCUACCAAGUGCAACACGUCGCGGACGACAUAAUAGCGGUACUUUGCGGUUUAGAUUCGUCGGUCACACGUCGUCAAUAUUCCCGGGACAAGGACCAAACUAGCGAACCUUUCUUGGUCAGCACAAGCGGCAAGCGAAGGCACAAAAACCACAAAAAACACAAAGCACACACACGGCACACACUUGUACACUUACACACGGCAAGCAGUGCGGAACACUUGGACACAUACGCCCAGCUUGUUGCUGGCUGUGGGCGUGGCAGCGCACGAAAAAGAAACAGACAAGGACACACACAUGUGUCCUGCCAGUGUGUCGCGGAAAUUUUUGUGCGGAAAUUAUAGAAAUUUCGCUUUUUGAUUUCAUUUUCGUUCCGCUUUCGUUGCGAACCUCUCACCCCUCGCCACCCAUCGCCCACCUUUUGUGCACCUGCACCUGUGCGAAAAGACAUCGUGAAAUGCCCAAGGAGCCCGCUGCCGUCGGUGUCCAGUUGGCUUGGUGGUCGUCGCCGUCAUCGUCCUUGCAGUGACAAAUUUCCUUGCAUAUCCGCUCCAGGACUACGAAACUUUGGCUGCAAACAAAACCGUCAUUUGCGUGGCGCGUCGCUGUCGCGUUCACUUGUCGCAUAUCCGUCGCCAUUUUGACAAUAAUUUCAUUUCCGGUCGGCAAUUUGUACGCACUUGAGUGAGUGAUUAACUGCACCGAUUCCCAACGAUUGUGAAGUGUCUACGAUUACUAAGUUGUGACUUAAGUUGUCCCGACGGAACUCUAAGAGAUAGUCAAAGGGUAGACUUAUUUUUGGAUAAACUUUAUUGCACAUACAGGCACAAUCCUGAGAGUCAAGUGGAAUCCCUUGUUCAGCCAACAGCCAUCCAUCGAGGCUCCCCAGGCGUGCGCCAUGUACGAGAACUCCUGUUCGUAUCAGACGGCGCUGGACCUGAAGAGGGUAUCGCCACCUACUCUCGCCCAGGUGAAGACAGAGGAGUGCCUUGCACUCGGACAGUGCUCGCCGGACUGGACCUCGUACCGCUUCCAUCAGUCCACCUUCGAGCAGCUGAAGCAGAGUGUGGAGAAGGCCAAAGCGGCGCUGCAGGAUCGCAGCAGUUUUUUCGGGGCCAGCAGUGCCUUUAGCGACAUCUACUCGAGCCAGCGUUUGACGGACUCCCUCGACACCCUGCCCGUUCAGUCCGGGAACGGAGGCGGCAAUUGCCUCGGCCUUCCACACAAUCCCAAUGUCGGAGUGGGCGUGGCCGGAGUGCUCAAUUACAAUGCGGUUAGCAGCAGUACGGCUGGAGUGCUGAGCAGCAGUGGGAACGGUGUGCAGAGACACCGAUUGGACACUCUGCAGCCGCCAUCCGGGUGCUCUCCUGCAGUCACCCAGCACGGCGUCAUCACGUCCAGCGCCGGACAGGUCACGUCCGGAACUCUGGAUGCGGUGAGUGCGGCUCCAGCACUUUCAUCGCUAACAGCGUCCAGCUCCUCGCAUGUGGAGCACAAAGUCAGGGCAGAUAAAUCCACGCUGGACUGCGCCACCACAUCCUCGCAUGCGGCGGCGCCCUCGUCCUCGUCCUCUGCCAGCGACCAUCAGCAGGGCAGGAUCAGCGGCAGCAAGAGCAACAGCACCAGUGGCACCGGAGGAGGGGCAUCGGCAUCAGGAGGCGGCGGCUCUGCACUGUAUUCCUCGUACAAAUCGUCGUGGGGCUCCCACAGUUCGACACAAUCGCAAGGUUACAGCUCGAACGCCCUGGGCAUCAAACAUGAUCCGCACUCACAACUACGGCAACCUGAUCCAUAUCAAAUGUUCGGACCCACCAGCAGCAGACUGGCCAGCUCAGGCUCUGGCCAGAUCCAGCUGUGGCAGUUCCUCCUCGAGCUGCUCUCGGACUCCAACAACGCCAGCUGCAUCACCUGGGAGGGCACCAACGGCGAGUUCAAGCUCACCGAUCCCGACGAGGUCGCCCGCCGCUGGGGCGAGAGGAAGUCCAAGCCCAACAUGAACUACGACAAGCUCAGUCGCGCCUUGAGGUACUACUACGACAAAAACAUAAUGACCAAGGUGCACGGCAAGCGGUAUGCGUACAAAUUCGAUUUCCAAGGCCUGGCAGCUGCCACUCAGCCGGCGGCCAGCGAUCCCACCUACAAGUACCAGAGCGACUUGUUCAUGACACCAUAUCACCACAGCGCCAAGCUCAGCUCGUUCAUGAGUCCGCACCAUGGCAUGACCUCAUCCUCGGCCUCCAUCUUCCCGUCGGCCGCCUCGUGGGGCAACUGGGGCAGUCCGGCCACGAAUCUCUACCAGCCGCACUCGAUGAGCCACGUGACUCCCUCCCACGUGGCGCCCCACCUGAGCAGCUAUCCCCACUACGCAUGA